GGUCCGCCUGCCCAGAUCCACCGCCGAGCCCGGAUCGGAGGCGACAGUGCGGCCAAGUGGGCGCGGCGGGGCACGAGCUGGGGGGCAGGGUGCCCGGGGCAAGGGGGCGGUGACCCCGACACUGAGCAGUCAAGAGAAUAGUUCCGAGGACCCCCGAGGGGACUCUGAGAGCGCAGACCCUUAGCGGUCGUGAAACCGAUCAGGGCUGAGGGCCCCAGACUGAUCAGCGCUGCGGAGCUCAACGACGCUGCCGGCCCGGGUGUUCUCCAGCGGCGCGGGGGGAGCAGGUGAACAGGUCCUCACUCCGAGCUCCACGCCCUCACGCGCUCUCGCCCCGGCCCCGGCUCCUGCCUGCAGCCAUGGGCCCCGGCCCCAGCCGCGCCGCCCGCGUCCUACGCCCGAUGCUCUGCGUGCUGGUCUUGAUGGUGGCCUCCGGCGGCCGCAUCGCCACCGCCUUCAACCUGGACACCCAAUUCCUGGUGGUGAAGGAGGCUAAGAACCCGGGCAGCCUCUUCGGCUACUCGGUCGCCCUCCAUCGGCAGACGGAGCGGCAGCAGCGCUACCUGCUCCUGGCUGGUGCCCCACGGGACCUCGCCAUGCCUGAUGGCUCUACCAACCGGACCGGUGCUGUGUACCUGUGCCCACUCACUGCCAACAAGGAUGACUGUAAGCGGAUGGACAUCGAGGAAAAAAGUGACCCUAGCCAUCACAUUAUUGAGGACAUGUGGCUUGGGGUGACUGUGGCCAGCCAGGGCCCUGCAGGCAGAGUCCUGGUCUGUGCCCACCGCUACACCCAGGUGCUAUGGUCGGGAUCGGAGGACCAGCGGCGCAUGGUGGGCAAGUGCUAUGUGCGGGGCAACGACCUGGAGCUGGACCCCAAUGAUGACUGGCAGACCUAUCACAAUGAGAUGUGCAACAGCAACACUGACUACCUGGAGACGGGCAUGUGCCAGCUGGGCACCAGCGGUGGCUUCACCCAGAACACGGUGUACUUCGGAGCUCCUGGUGCCUACAACUGGAAAGGAAACAGCUACAUGAUUCAGCGGAAGGACUGGGAUUUAUCCGAAUACAGUUACAAGGACCCAGAGGACCAAGGAAACCUCUAUAUUGGGUACACAAUGCAGGUGGGCAGUGCCAUCCUGCAUCCCACGAACAUCACCAUUGUGACGGGUGCCCCAAGGCACCAACAUGUGGGUGCUGUCUUUCUGCUGAGCCAGGAGGCAGGCGGAGACCUGCGGAGGAGACAGGUGCUGGAGGGCACGCAGGUGGGCGCCUAUUUUGGCAGCGCCAUUGCCCUGGCAGACCUGAACAAUGAUGGGUGGCAGGACCUCCUGGUGGGCGCCCCCUACUACUUUGAGCGGAAAGAGGAGGUAGGGGGUGCCGUUUAUGUCUUCAUGAACCAGGCAGGCACCUCCUUCCCGGACGACCCUUCCCUCCUCCUUCACGGCCCCAGUCGCUCUGCCUUCGGCUUCUCUGUGGCAAGCAUCGGCGACAUCAACCAGGAUGGAUUCCAGGACAUCGCGGUGGGAGCCCCGUUCGAGGGUUCGGGCCAAGUGUACAUCUACCACGGCAGUUCCGGGGGGCUCCUCAGACAGCCCCAGCAGGUCAUCCAUGGAGAGAAGCUGGGACUGCCUGGCUUGGCCACCUUCGGCUACUCCCUGAGUGGGCGGAUGGAUGUAGAUGAGAACUUUUACCCAGAUCUGCUGGUGGGGAGCCUGUCGGACCGCAUCGUGCUGCUGCGGGCCCGGCCUGUCAUCAACAUCCUUCACAAGACCCUGGUGGCCAGGCCAUCCGUGCUGGACCCUGCACUCUGUACGGACACCUCCUGCGUGCAAGUUGAGCUGUGCUUUGCUUACAACCAGAGUGCCGGGAACCCCAACUACAGGCGGAAUAUCACCCUGGCCUACACGCUGGAGGCCGAUCGGGACCGCCGCCCACCCCGGCUCCGCUUUGCACACAGCCAGUCAGCGGUCUUCCACGGCUUCUUUUCCAUGCCUGAGACACGCUGCCAGACGCUGGACCUGCUCCUGAUGGACAAUGUCCGCGACAAACUCCGUCCCAUCGUCAUCUCCAUGAACUACUCUUUACAUUUGCGGAUGCCUGAGCGCCCCCGGCUGGGACCGUGGCCCCUGGACGCCUACCCGGUCCUCAAUCAGGCACAGGCUCUGGAGAACUACACGGAGGUCCAGUUCCAGAAGGAGUGCGGACAGGACAACAAGUGCGACAGUAACUUGCAGAUGCGGGCGGCCUUCGUGUCGGAGCAGGGGCAGCGGCUGAGCAGGCUCCAGUACAGGAGAGACAUGCGAAAACUGCUCCUGAGCAUCAACGUGACCAACACCCCCACCCGGGAACGGGCCGGGGAAGAUGCCCACGAAGCGCUGCUCACCUUGGCGGUGCCUUCUGCCUUGCUGCUGUCCUCAGUGCGCCCUCCUGGAGCCUGCCAGGCCAACGAAACCAUCAUUUGCGAGCUGGGGAACCCCUUCAAACGGAACCAGAGGAUGGAGCUGCUCAUCGCCUUUGAGGUCAUCGGGGUGACCCUGCACACGAGGGAACUCCAGGCGCAGCUGCAGCUCUCCACAUCAAGUCACCAGGACGACCUGCGGCCCAAGACCCUGACUUUGCUGGUGGACUACACACUCCAGGCCUCGCUCAGCAUGGUGAAUCACCGGCUACAAAGCUUCUUUGGGGGGACAGUGAUGGGCGAGUCGGGUAUGAAAACUGUGGAGGAUGUGGGAAGCCCCCUCAAGUAUGAGUUCCAGGUGGGCCCAAUGGGGGAAGGGCUGGCAGAACUUGGGACCCUGGUCCUGGGGCUGGAGUGGCCCUACGAAGUCACCAAUGGCAAGUGGCUGCUGUACCCGACUGAGAUCACCAUCCAUGGCAACGGGUCCUGGCACUGCCAGCCACCUGGAGAUCUCGUCAACCCUCUCAACCUCACUCUCUCUGUUCCUGAAGACAGGCCACCAUCUACACAGCGCAGGCGGCGACAGCUGGACCCGGGGGGAGGCCAGGGCCCCCCGCCUGUCACUCUGGCUGCUGCCAAAAAAGCCAGGUCUGAGACCCAACUGAGGUGUGACAAUGACCGCGCCCGCUGUGUGUGGCUGGAGUGCCCCAUUCCUGAUGCCCCCAUCAUCACCAACGUGACAGUGCAGGCACGGGUCUGGAACAGCACCUUCAUUGAGGAUUACAGAGACCUUGACCGAGUCAGGGUAACCAGCUGGGCCACCCUAUUCCUCCGGACUAGCGUCCCCACCAUCAAUAUGGAGAAUAGGACAGUGUGGUUCUCCGUGGACAUUGACUCUGACCUGGUGGAGGAGCUGCCGGCCGAGAUCGAGCUGUGGCUGGUGCUUGUGGCUGUGAGUGCCGGGCUGUUGCUCCUGGGACUGAUCAUCCUCUUGCUGUGGAAGUGCGGCUUCUUCAAGCGAGCCCGCACUCGCGCCCUGUAUGAAGCUAAGAGGCAGAAGGCGGAGAUGAAGAGCCAGCCGUCAGAGACGGAGAGGCUGACGGACGACUACUGAGGGGGGCAGCCCCCCACCCCCAGCCCACCCGGUGCGACUUCUUUAAGCGUACCCGCUAUUACCGGAUCAUGCCCAAGUACCACGCGGUGCGGAUCCGGGAGGAGGCGCGCUACCCAUCUCCAGGGAGCACCGUGCCCACCAAGAAGCACUGGGUGACCAGCUGGCAGACUCGGGACCGAUACUACUGACACCCCCCACCCCGAUCCCACCCCCGCUCCCCCCGUAUCCCCUUCUAUUUAUAAGCUAUGCCCCCGACAGUCCACAGGGGCCACUGCCUUUGGCUGGCACCAGCAGGCUUGGGCACACACACGUCUUCACGUGCAUUCACGUGCCAUCCAGCCGUGGCCUUCUCCCUGCAGGAGGGCCGGGGCCGUGGACCUUGCAUUGCUGAGCACUGCAGCCCUGUGCCCUGGACAUACAUGCUUGUGGCCCGUGCUUGUACACCCCGGGUGGGGUGUGGACAUGCGUGUCCCAGCUUCUGCCUGUGCCAAAACCAAGCCAAAGGACCUCCGCCAGAGCCAGGAGGAAGCAGCCCCUAUUGUGGUGACGCCUCCUCUGUUCACACUGGACCCAUCGUGAGCCAUAGUCACUGGACUGACUCAGCCCUCGAGAUGAAAACCACUGACAAAGAGCAGCCCGCUGGGCCCAGGCACAGCCCCCAGCAGCCAUGCCAGAGCGUGGGAAGCCUGCCCGAGGUUGUCCAAGGGGGUGUUUGCAGGAGCUGGUUGUUCAGACCCAAGAGCAGAAGGAACUAGAAAGAAAGUCCCCAGGCUGGCUUUCUUUCAUGAAUCGAGGCGAAAUCUCUGUCCUUGGCCACAGCCACCCAUGCACUAGCAGGAAAGGCAGCCCGAAGAAAGAAAGAAGGACACGCUGCCAGGCAGCCAGAACACACUGUGCUCCGACGGCCCGGGGAGGCGGGGGACUCCUCAGCAGAGGAGGGGACUGGUCCUGGGCCAAGGAGAUGUCCGAAGGACACAGAAGAGAUGCCACUUCUCACCCAUGUGACCAGCCCGACCUCUGAAGGCUUGGAGGGACCCCCCCAUGAGAUCACAGGGGGAGCAACACUUGAAUGUAGAAGAGGGAGGGAGCCCUGCACCUGCCCCAUCAGCCAGACCCCACUUUACCCCCAUGGACCAUGAGCUGGAGACGUGGAGCUCCCAGCUGUCCUUGGCUUUCAGAGCCAACUCAGCUCUGCCUUCUCCCCCCACCGUGGCCCAUGGUAGAAGUUGAGGCUGGUUCCAGAAAACCUCUCCCACCCACCCCCAUCCACGGUACUGUAGCAGGGGAGCUCCCUCCCCCUCCUCGUGCCUUCUUUGUAUAUAGGCUUCUCACGGCAACUAGUAAACAGCUCCCAGUUUGUA